GCAUUUAAGCCUGCAGCACCUCUCUCCAUAUUGUUCUGCCACACAACAAAACCAGGGCCUGCAUUGCAAAAUAUAGCUAAGAGCUGCAAACAGACGGGGCAGGUCAGGGGGCUGCUGGUGUACAAGUUGUUCAGUCACGCUAACAUUUCUCUGCUUCUAUUCGGGUUAGAUUUGUUGUGUUGUGCUAUAUCUUGACCAAUGACCAGCAAGGAGGAGGCCGGAUUGUUUGAUACCAUGACGACAGCUGCUUCAGAGGAAAAUGAGGUUGACGAUAUAAGGUCCAGACAGGAAAAAGAGGAGAAACUGAUCCUGACAGCCUGGCAAAGCAUGUCUUCAGCUCUGCGGCAGCACAGUCUGUGUAAGGAUUUCAGAACUCCAGGCCCGGCUCAGUCUUUCCUGGCCAAGCAGAGGCAGGCCACCCAGGCCAGAAGAGCACUCUCACCCUGGCUGCAGCCCCGGUAGGAGCCUCCAUCCGCAGGGAGAAAUGAAGGAGCUCAGCCCACUCAUGGGCAUGCUGGGAGGCCAGGUUGUGGAAGAAGGUCUUCAUUUUCUGUACUUUGUUUUCAUUGAAUUACUGUCUGUACUCUCUUUGGUUUGCUGAUAUCACCUCCUGGUGGUCAAUGUUGGAAUCUGGAGUAAUAUUUGUGAUUCCAUAUGAAAACUAAAUAGUAAGUGCCAUAAAUCACAAUUUGUAUUUGUUUUAUACCUAAAUGUGGGCUUGUCAAUAAGAUUAUCUUCUUCAUUCCUUAUUAUAUAAUAUUUAUACAGAUAUUUGU